CAAGGUCGACUAGAUAGGCCUCUCUUCGUUCCUACAUAAAUUGCAUCCAAAUCAAAUGCAAAAAUCAUUCAAGGAAUUAAGUCGUCAAGGUCAGAAGUCGAGAAGGUUAAAGUGGUUCACAAUUCAUGCACGCCAACGCCAUACUGCAAUUAAUUCCAACAUCCCAAGCCAAUUAAUUAAGGGUAGAUUACUGAUUGCAACACCACAAACAAUAAUUAUAUGAUGAGGCCAUGUUGCUGUGCCUGUGUGGUGUUAUUUUGCAUGAUUCUGGUGGGAAGUGCUUGGGGACAGAGUGCUACAAAUGUCAGAUCCACAUACCACUUGUACAACCCGCAGCAGAACAACUGGGACUUGCGGGCUGUAAGUGCCUACUGCGCCACAUGGGAUGCCGAUCAGCCCUUUGCAUGGCGCAGCAAAUAUGGCUGGACUGCCUUCUGCGGCCCUGUUGGCCCUACCGGACAAGAUGCUUGUGGAAAGUGCCUCUUGGUGACAAACACUAGGACAGGGGAUCAAGUAACAGUGAGGAUUGUGGAUCAGUGCAGCAACGGAGGCUUAGACUUGGACGUGAAUAUGUUUAACCAAAUUGACACCGACGGCAAUGGCAAUGCCCAAGGCCACCUUAUUGUCAACUACGACUUUGUUGACUGUGGUGACUAAAUUAUUCAAUCCUCUCCAUCUAAACCCGUAAUACCCCCCUAAUUAUUAAUUACCAGUUUUUAUAAAUAAGC